UCCAGUCACCCAGCUGAGGCACCCAAAUGCACAGAGCAGAUUUCCAUGGCCGGUCACCCUGGAAAGAGCCAGUCUGACCGGCUUGCCCGGAGCAGCCGGGCAGGAAAACCAGCUGGUUCCAACAACCGCACAGUUUAAAAACCAAAAAAAAAAAAGGCAAAACAAGUCGAAUAAACCCACGACAGGGAAGGGAAGGAGCCUCUCAGCUUCAUCACUGAUUUCCCAAAGAUGCCCAACUGAGUCAUUUCAUCGGAAAAGCAUCCUGGCUUCCACGGAGCAGAGGCAGAAGGAGCGUCGGGCCGGGAGCUGUGCUGCCGGCAGAUCUGAUGAUACGGAUGGAGGGAACCAGCCUCAGCGCGGGCACGGCGCAGGCCAUGAACGGCGAUGCUAAGGAGGCCGGGGCCAUGGCGCUGGACGGGAUCCGCAUGCCGGACGGCUGCUACGCCGAUGGGACGUGGGAGCUGAGCGUCCAUGUCACCGACCUGGGCCGCGACGUCACCCUUCGGGUCACCGGCGAGAUCCACAUCGGCGGUGUCAUGCUGCGCCUCGUCGAGAAGCUCGAUGUCAAGAAGGACUGGUCGGAUCACGCGCUGUGGUGGGAAAAGAAGAAGACUUGGCUCCUUAAAACGCACUGGACGUUGGACAAAUACGGGAUACAGGCGGAUGCCAAGCUCCAGUUCACACCUCAGCACAAGCUGCUUCGCCUUCAGCUGCCCAACAUGAAGUACGUCAAGGUGAAGGUCAACUUCUCAGACAGGGUCUUCAAGGCGGUUUCCGACAUCUGCAAAACGUUCAACAUCAGGCAUCCAGAAGAGCUCUCGCUUUUGAGGAAACCCAGAGAUCCGUCAAAGAAAAAAAAGAAGAAGCUGGAUGAUCAAUGUGAAGACGACGCCUUCGAGCUGGAGGGUCCGCUGAUCACGCCGGGGUCCGGAAACAUAUAUUCAAGCCCAGGACUCUAUAGCAAAACGAUGACACCGACCUAUGAUGCUCACGACGGCAGUCCCCUGUCACCCACCUCGGCCUGGUUCGGUGACAGCGCCUUGUCGGAGGGGAACCCAGGCAUCCUGGCCGUCAGCCAGCCCGUCACCUCCCCGGAGUCCUUAGCGAAAAUGUACAAGCCACAGGCGCUGCUCGAUAAAGCCAAAAUCAACCAAGGAUGGCUGGAUUCGUCCCGAUCUCUUAUGGAGCAAGAGGUGAAAGAAAACGAAGCUUUGCUGCUCCGGUUCAAGUACUACAGCUUUUUUGACCUGAAUCCAAAGUAUGACGCGAUCCGGAUCAACCAGCUGUACGAGCAGUCAAAAUGGGCGAUUCUGCUGGAGGAGAUCGAGUGCACGGAGGAAGAAAUGAUGAUGUUUGCGGCGCUGCAGUACCACAUCAACAAGCUGUCCAUCAUGUCCUCGGAAAACCACCUGAACAACAGCGACAAGGACGUGGAUGAGGUGGACGCUGCGCUCUCGGAUCUGGAAAUUACUCUGGAAGGUGGCAAAACGGCGACAAUCCUGGGUGACAUCACUUCCAUCCCAGAGCUCGCCGACUACAUUAAAGUCUUCAAGCCCAAGAAGCUGACAUUGAAAGGCUACAAGCCCUAUUGGUGCACCUUCAAAGAUACCUCCAUCUCCUGCUACAAAAGCAAAGAGGAAUCCAAUGGGACCCCUGCACACCAGAUGAACCUGAGAGGAUGUGAAGUUACCCCUGACGUGAACAUCUCUGGUCAGAAGUUUAACAUCAAACUUCUGAUUCCAGUGGCAGAGGGAAUGAACGAAAUCUGGCUUCGCUGCGAUAACGAGACGCAGUACGCCAGCUGGAUGGCCGCCUGCCGCCUGGCCUCCAAGGGCAAGACGAUGGCCGACAGCUCCUACGGCAUGGAAGUGCAGAACAUCCUCUCCUUCCUGAAAAUGCAGCAUUUGAACCCCGACCCGCAGCUCAUCCCGGAACAGAUCAACACCGACAUCAAUCCCGAGUGUCUGGUUUCUCCUCGCUACCUGAAAAAGUAUAAGAACAAGCAGAUCACGGCGCGCAUCCUGGAAGCCCAUCAGAACGUGGCCCAGAUGAGCCUCAUCGAGGCGAAGAUGCGAUUUAUUCAAGCCUGGCAGUCGCUGCCGGAAUUCGGCAUCACGCAUUUCAUCGCAAGGUUCCAGGGAGGCAAAAAGGAGGAGCUGAUCGGCAUCGCCUACAACCGGCUGAUCCGCAUGGACGCCAGCACGGGCGACGCCGUCAAAACCUGGCGCUUCAGCAACAUGAAGCAGUGGAACGUGAACUGGGAGAUUAAAAUGGUGACGGUGGAGUUUGCAGAUGAUGUCCGGGUGUCCUUCAUUUGCACAGAGGUGGAUUGCAAAGUGGUUCACGAGUUCAUCGGCGGCUACAUCUUCUUGUCGACGCGAGCGAAAGAUCAGAACGAGAGUUUAGAUGAAGAGAUGUUCUACAAACUGACCAGUGGUUGGGUGUGAGGCCCACUUACUGUCCACUGAGAGGAAACCCCAUGGCCAUAUUAAUAUUUAACUUUAAAAAGCUGUUCUUUGAAAUAUGCUGCUUAAUAAAGUAAGCUUGAAAUGUAUCUUUUUUUUUUUUUUUUAUCAUGAAAAUUUUUGCAUUACCAGACCAGUUAAUCUGUGUGCACUAAUGAGCACUUCUGUUAAUUUGCUAUAACUGGGCCGCCGGCCUUUAGAUACCAAAUCUGAUGGGCAGAUCAGGAUGAGAUUUGACUGACUAAAAAUAGCCAAUUUUCUACGAGAACUCUAAGCCAUCUUCUUGUAAAGCCAUCCAGGGCUUAACCUAUAUGAAGUCUAUUUAUCAUGUUUAAUGCAUGAGUGUUUUCUUGCUUUUUAUUUCGUGUGUUUUUUAUUCUGUACAUUUGACCUGUUUUGAAGUCGUCCUACCCGCGUCCUCCUUUCACACUACACGCACCGGGACUGCUACAGGUGCCUAACAUGACUUCUUUGAAAACAAUUGCGUGUGGCCUCGAAGAUGAUCCUCUGUUAGUCUGUUAUAGCUUUGUUUUAUUUGUUAACUUGCCUUUUGAUAAUCAUUUAUAUUGUCUUUUUUUUUUUUAAUUUUAUUUUAUUUUUACACCGUAUUGUAUUAUGACACUUUUAGUAUUCACCAGCAUAGUCACUGUUCUGCCUAUGAUAUGCAAACUUUUUCAUUACGAUAUGAAGUAAAGGUCUAUGAAGUAUAGGUUUUGUGUAACUAAUGUAAAAAACACAAAUUUUAUAAAAUUGUACAGUUUUUUUAACUAGUCUCACAAGCCAGCUAGAAUAUUGCAUAGAUCUGGUGUAUCAGCAUUAACUGUAGUGUGCCUGUAAGGGGUAAGGGGAGUAACCAAGAAACAAAAAACACCCCCAAAAAGUAAUAAUUUCAGUCCAGUGAAUUUUUAUCCAAGUUAAAUGGGAUUUCAGAGCUGCGCCACAGCACCCUCAAUAACUGAUACCCGGGGCCAGGACCUCCCCGUUCGUUAAGACAGCGCCUCGUUAACGCUAACGAGGAGGGAUCUUCUGCCCCACCUAAUGCCGAGGAAUAACCAGUGUUGCAUUCCUGUAGUCUGUGGUUUCAAGACUAUGUACAAAUGCAUUUUAUUUUAAAUAAAAGUCAAAUCUUUUAUUUAA